AUGGUUUUAAAUAAUUGGUUACGAUCCCUUCUGCUUGUGACUAUGUGUUGUUCCUUUAUUUCAAUCGCGACGAUCACGCUGAACGUUUGGAUCGUCCCGUCGCUUUCAGAAUCCAAGUCGAGCAAGGACCGUGAAAUCUUCCUUCGGUAUCCGGGGGGUCCUCUCAGUGGGCUCGAGGAAAAAGCUUCGGGUGCCACCGGAACAGUUUUCGAGGGAGAAAAGACUAGAUACUUCCAGGGCUCCUGGAGACUAAGGGACUACAAUGAUCAAAAGGAUGACAACGAAAAGAACAAGUCAACCCUAGGCAGCUCGUUCUCUAAGAACUUUAAAGAUUGCUUGCAAUGGGCUGUCGUCACUACCAUCUUUGAGCCGGGAGAAUCUAUUUAUGGUGUUUCGAAGCUUCGGAACUGGUGCUUGGUUAUCAUUGGCGAUACGAAAACUCCCGAUGCAGCCUACGCCGAUCUCAACAGUCUAGACAAUGUUAUUUAUCUUUCUGCCCGUGACCAAAUGCUUUUCUUGGGUAAAUCUCCCUUUGGUCAGAUCCUGCCUUUUCAAAGCUUUGCCCGCAAAAACCUCGGCUAUUUGUUUGCGAUUCGCCAUGGAGCACAGGUCAUUUACGACUUCGACGACGACAAUGUGCUGCAGAAGACUGAAAACGGGGAAUCCAAAGAACCGUUUACAUACCGACAAGGGAUGAAGAGCGAUUCAAUCCUUGUGCGUUUUGACCCAAGACCAAAUCUUCCUCUUCCUUUCAAUCCAUUGCCGUACAUGGGACCAAAUGUGACAAACCCGUGGCCGCGCGGCUUUCCGCUGCAGGAUUUAACCACUUCUAACGCUGGGAUGCAGUCUGACCCGAGUCUGGUGUUUGGAAGUAUACCGGUCUCCCGAAUUGGAGUGAUCCAAUCUGUUUGCGAUGGCGAUCCCGAUGUUGACGCUAUAUGGAGAAUGACCAGGGACUUACCCUUUGGCUUUGAAGAAGAUUCUCAGAAGUUAUUGGUCGCAUCGAAAACGUUUGCGUCGUACAACGCUCAAGCUACUGUUCAUCUCCAAAACUCUUUCUGGGCAAUGUUUCUUCCAUUUUCUGUCCCGGGUCGUGUCACAGAUAUCUGGCGUGCAUACGUUGCCCAGAGACUAUUCCGUGACAUUAAUUUGAGCCUCGUGUAUGCGGGGCCCUUGGUCACCCACACUCGAACUGCACAUAACUAUCUUGCAGACUUUCAAGCGGAGCAGGAUCUAUACAUGAAGACAAAUCCCUUGCUGGGGCUGUUGGACGGCUGGGAGUCAGACUCGACUAGCCUCCCAGGCAAGCUUGAAGCACUCUACGUUGCUCUCUAUGAACACGGCUACGUUGGCCUUGUAGAUGUAACCCAUGUUGGCCAGCCCUCGGUACAAUCUUGGUGGACCAGGAGGCAAUACACACCGCAUGAGAAGGAGAAAAGUCAUGGUGAUAUGUGGCAGGAGUGGGUUAAUGGCGUGAACCAUUCCCUGCGACCGCUAGAGGCUGUCAUCAAAUUAAUCAUGAUGACAAAGGACGAGGGUGAUCUUUUGCAGCGUUGGGUCUUUUACCAUGGCGAACUCAUUGGGUACAAGCACCUGUACAUUCUGGAUGGGAGUACCAGUCUGGACAAUAUAUCUUUCUUGAAGUAUGCUAGGGACCAUCUCGGAGUCAAUGUGAUAUUCACUCCAGCAAAUUUGAAUGAACUGGGAAGGGAACUCAGUGCGAUGGCCCUUUCCCUGGCUGGGGCUGCCGAUUUUCUCAUGAAAGUUGACACAGAUGAGUUUUUGGCAGUCAACAGCCAGAAUGCAACUUGCAGAAAUGGCGAGUCCGGUAACUGCUCGACUUCUCCGUAUGGUGUAAUUGAACUCUUGAGAGCCUAUUCUCUGCUUCCUAUAAAAGCCGAUGGAGGCAGAAUGCAGAUUGAGACUUCAGUAGGCACUAUCCAGGAUCGCAAAAUUUGUGAAGCUGGGAGAGGCACGGAUCUUGGCCAAUUUCAUCAAAUCCCGUAUCAGUUGAAGAAAGUAGUGCUUGAUGCUAGGACAGUGCAAGUUGUCGACUUAGGUGGUCACAAUGGUGUAAUCUUACCUCCUCACGACAAAAAGCCCACAAAUAUAGUGCCUCUGACCAUUAUCCAUGUUCAUUCCCGUUGCCUUGAACAUGAGGUCCGAAACAAUGAAAAGGCAUGUCGGGGACACGGAUACAUUCCGUCCGGUCCCAUUGACCCUGCCACUAUUCUCAAGAGCUUUGAAAAUAGUGUUGGCCCUGAUCCCUGUCUACUCACAAGCCCCGAACAAAUAAAGGAUAUUCGUGCAAGCAGUCAUAAGGUUUAUGGCCUUCUUAAGCAUCUGGCCAAUUGCACCGGCUUUACUCUUUGGUAUCCAACGGAAUACCCUGCACACGCCUUCACCAACCCAACAGCAAUGGGCACAAAUAGCCUCCUUAGGAAGCUGCUUCAAUACGAAUGUAUUUCAAGUACCAUGAUAGAAGUCAAGGAGAAAGGACACUGUCACCGGCGAGGGUUUGCGGAGUAGCGGUGGGUCUCGAGGGAAUCGCUUGUUUGAUUGACCUCGCCGACCCCCGAGGUGUUCGCUUUUGACUCUAUCCGGUUGCAAAGCCGCAUUUCGGCAACCGUCGCCACGAUGUGGCGGGAAAGUCCGAGACGAAGGCCAUUUGCAUCAGCUACCGCCGCCUUGCAGUGAAUCACAGGCGAAGAGACAAAGUCCAAGAAAAUACAGGUAGCUGCUGAUCCUUCUUUAGGUCAGUGGCCGUUGGAAAUACGGCGAAACUUUCGGAUAUUUUCGUGGGAGGCGGAAGUACUUGUUUCCCGGUGGCUAGCGUGUGCCUCGUUCUGACUCUCAAGAUGGUCUUAUCUUUCGCUCUACCUUGCAAGGACCGGGUCGAGGAGGUCAAUGUGUUGACCCCGAAAAAGUGCGGGAUGUGGACGAGGCGCCGCGACCCGUUUGAAUGCCCAGAUCGAAAUUUAAGAAAUUCCGCUCGCGGAAGGGGAAAGACGAGACCAUGUUGUUUAUUAGACUCACACACACAAAAACCACAGGAACCCACACUCGAAGUCCAACUUUUGUCUACACUGUAUAUAAUUGCUUACUGCACUGCCAUUCGAACCUCCAAAUUUCGAACGCCAGUCCGUUGUUCCUGCUUGGAUUGGCA